UUUCUGACUUAUUGGGUAGUAAGUGUUUGCAGGAGUGUGAACUGAGUGCAGUAAGCGGAGAUGCUGGUAGAGAGAGGUUUAUCGAUGAGGUUUUUGGAAGAGGAGGGUGAGCGAGAAUCGAGAGAGCGAGAAUUGACAGAGGAGUUGGAGUGUGGUUUUGAGAUGCCGCCGGUGGUGAGCACGUCUCGGUUUUUGGUGGAUGCGUUUAGGGGGAGGGAGAAGGACGCGAUGAAGUUGGCGCACGGAACGACGACGCUGGGGUUUCGCUUUGGAGGUGGCGUGGUGAUAGCGGUGGAUUCUCGUUCGACGCAGGGGAGUUACAUAAGUGGGAAGGUGAAGAAGGUGAUUGAGAUCAAUCGGAGGUUGUUGGGGACGAUGGCGGGUGGGGCGGCGGACUGUUUAUUUUGGGAGCGUGAGCUUGGUCGUCGGUGUCGGUUGUACGAGUUGAGGAACAGGGAGUUGAUUAGCGUGGCGGCGGCGAGCAAAUUGCUGGCGAACAUAAUGUAUGCGUACAAGGGGAGAGGGUUGUCCAUGGGGACGAUGAUAGCGGGGUGGGAUAAGACGGGGCCGCAUUUAUAUUACAUAGAUGACGACGCGACUAGAGUGAGUGGGGAUGUGUUUUCGGUGGGGUCUGGGUCUACGUUUGCGUAUGGGGUGUUGGAUACGGGGUAUCGGUGGGACUUGAGCGUGGAGGACGCGAUAGAGUUGGGGAGGAGGUCGAUUUACCACGCGACACAUCGAGACGCGUACUCUGGGAGCGUGAUUAACAUUUAUUUGAUUCAGGAGGAUGGGUGGGUGAAGGUGUCGUCGGAGGACAGCAAUGAUUUGCAUUAUGAGAAGUAUUGUAAGGAGACGACGUAA